GAGAACUAACAAAACUAUUUAUAUCAAUAUUCUUCCCAGAUCAACGUUGAUUUUGUUCAGUUAUCGAACUAGCAUGGACAUUUAAAAAAAAAAAAUUCUCUUACUCUUCCCUCAUACACACCUUUUUCUGAACCUCUCAACAAUAGAGGCGCUUACCGUCCAAGAAUAUCUACAGUGCCAAUAGCUCAACCAGCAUGUCCAACCAUCCCAACUAUUAUCCACCACCUGGCCCUCCACCUGCUACCAAUACGAAUCAGCCCCCAGCAGGUUAUUCUCCAUACUAUAAGGCAUCUCUCAACCCACCUCCCAGUUAUCAGCAACCUAUCUAUCCAACUGCACCCGGGCCUUCUGGCUUUCAAGGACCACCAAGCUACUGCCCUCGUGUAGGCUUCAUCAGAUUACCCGCAAAGUUCCAUAUCUGGAAUGUCAUGACCAGCGGCGGCACCAGCUGCCUCGAGCUCGGACCUCACCUCAAAGGUCCAGUUGCCUACUCUGCAAAGAUGUUCUCCAGCAGCAGACUCAAGAUCAAGGAGGGUCCAUAUGCAUCGGCAAAUCUGCCUAUCUGCACUAUAGAGAGUCGACACACUUUCAGUAGCAAGAGCACCAUCACCUUUGAUGGCUUUCAAGCAAACUUCGUGGAGACGAGUAUGUUGAACGAAGGCGCAACCUGGCCCUUUGAUGUUGAGGUCAAUGGUACCCCUCAAAGAUGGCAGUGGAGAAAAAUGAAGACACAAGAAUCAUCAACACUUGGGCAGAUUGUUGAAGCAUUUUCUGAAAGUGACCUCGGAAGUUGGAAGCUUGUCCCUGUUUUAGGACAGGGCUGGCCUGUCGCUACCUUCGAGGCGUCUGGAGGGAAUACUUUCGAAGAUAACGCGGCACUUGGAGUAUUUGAGUUCCACGGUCCCGCUGCUGUUGGCAACUUGGGUGAUUUCUUUACAAAUGUAUCUAUUGCGAUUCUGCUGCGCAUUAUAUCGCAACAUUACAUUAGUAGGAUUGCGGCCUUGGCUGGCUCAUGAUCGCACGACAUCUCCUUGAUGAAGAGAUAGCAGUUGGGCAUAUAUGGCAAUAGCUCGCAAAGUCCUAUCAAAUGACCCCGGAAUCGCAUACACUGUAUUUAAACCGUGACCAUCCGUUUUAG